AUGAUGAGUACUUGUGUGUUUUUCUGUGAUGCCUCAUGUUAUUUUCUGUGCUCUACUGCAGUUCUGGCAAACCAAAGGGAUAUCAUCUUUCUUUUGGAUGGAUCAGCCAACGUUGGAAAUACCAACUUCCCGUUUGUCCGCGACUUUCUUGUGAAUCUAGUUAGGCUCCUUCAGGUUGGGAUUGAUGACGUACGAAUUGGCGUAGUGCAAUUUAGCGAGAACCCUAAAACCGAAUUCUUUUUAAACACUUUCCUAACCAAGUCAGAUGUCCUUAGCCGCUUGAGUCAGCUGAGGCUCCAGGGAGGGUCGGUGCUGAACUUUGGCUCUGCUCUAGACUUUGUCCUUUCCGAUCAUUUCACCGAAGCUGGUGGGAGCAGGAUAGAUGAAAAUGUUCCUCAGGUGCUAGUCUUCCUUGCAGCGGGGCCUUCUUCUGACUCCUUCCGACAGGCCGCUAACUCUUUAGCCCGCGCAGGAGUGCUGACAUUCUGCAUUGGUGUUAGGAAUGCCGUUCGGGCAGAUCUCCAACAGAUCGCAUUUAAUCCACAAAUGGUGUACUUUAAGGAUGAUUUCAGUUCUCUGGCAGCUUUACCACAAGACAUGAUUAGGCCGCUCACGACAUACAUUAGGGGUAAGGUGGAAGAAGUCUCCAUUCCAGUUACAGAAAGAAAGAAAGAUAUCUUAUUCUUGACCGAUGGCUCAGCAAAUCUUGCUGGUCAGUUUCCCGCUGUUCGGGAUUUUGUGGUCCGCGUUAUCUCUGACCUGGAUGUGAAACCAGACGGCGUCCGUGUUGCUGUGGCACAAUUUAGUGACAACGUUCAAGUUGAAUUCAACUUUGAAGAAAUCCCGUCUAAGGCAGACAUCCUUCAGAAAGUGAAAAGAAUGAGGAUAAAAUCAGGGCGGCAACUCAACAUUGGUGCUGCAUUAGAAUAUGCCCAGAGGAACAUCUUCGUGAGGGGUGCUGGGAGCAGAAUUGACGAAGGAGUGCCGCAGUUCCUUGUUCUCCUUGCUGCUGGGAGGUCAAGUGACAAUGUGGAGCAGGGUGCUAAUGCCCUGAAAAGAGCCAAUGUUGUCCCUUUUGUUAUCAGAGCCAGAACUGCGUAUCCUGCAGAACUAGAAAAGAUCGUUUUUGACCCUCAGUUUCUUAUAAGUGCUGAUUCCCUGUCUAGAAUCGUAGAAGUUCAUCCUAAAAUAGUCAACCUACUGAAAACCACUCAGCUUGCUCCAGCAGAGGUUCAGAAGAAGGACGUCGUGUUUCUGAUUGAAGGUUCAGAUGGCAUCAGAAGUAGUUUCCCUGCACUGAAGACCUUUAUAGAAAAUGUGGUUCAAAGCAUGAAAGUAGGCCUUGAUGACAUUCGGGUUGCUGUGGUCCAAUACAGCAAUGUUCCCAAAGCGGAGUUCCUCCUGAACGCCCACCCAGACCAGAACUCUGUGAUCAGUGCAGUCCGACGCUUGUCACCUAUGGGCGGCUCACCAGUUAACACGGGGGCCGCUCUUAACUUCGUUCUACGCAAUGUGUUUGUCAGCCAAGGUGGGAGCAGAGAUGAUGAAGGUGUCCCCCUGUUUUUGAUCCUGGUGACAGCAGAGAAGUCCAGAGAUGACGUCGAAAGGCCUUCUAUAUCUCUGAAGGGCAGAGGGGCUAUUCCAUUUGCCAUUGGCUUUGGGAAUGCAGACAUCUCCGAGCUGCAAACCAUUUCUUUUGUUCCUGAACUUUCACUCUUCAUUCCUGAUGUCAGACAACUAAGCAAUCUUCAGGAGGUAAUUUCCAAGAGAGUGAUUCUGUUGAGCAGAGAAGAAAUAGAAACAAUGGAGCCCAUUCUACUACCACCAACUACAGUGGAUAGAAAAAGAGAUGUCGUAUUCCUUGUUGACGGCUCCCAGUCUGCCGUUCCCGACUUUCUUUCUGUUCGUGAAUUUAUUGAGAGGCUUGUGACUAGCCUGAAUGUGGAUGCCGACGCCACCCGGGUUGCUGUGGUUCAGUUCAGCGACGAUGCCCGAGCUGAUUUUUUGCUGAACACUUACUCCACCAAAGACGAGGUGCAGGUUGCCGUGAGGAGGCUCAGGCCCAAAGGAGGGAGACAACUGAAUAUUGGCUCUGCCCUAGAGUUUGUGUCGAAAAAUAUAUUUACCAGGCCUUCGGGAAGCCGUAUAGAAGAGGGAGUACCGCAGUUUCUGAUUCUUCUCAUUUCUCGCCAAUCUGAUGACGAGGUCGAGGACCCUGCCCUUGAAGUAAAGCAAGUCGGAGUGGCCCCCCUGGUUGUCGGAAAAAAUGUGGAUAUCCAGGAACUGGUGCAAAUAGGCCUGAGUCCUGAGUACGUGUUCCAAGUAUCAACAUACCAGGAUCUAUCUAGUUUGACACAGAACCUGCUGACCCCUGUUACAACGCUCACUACACAGGAGAUACGCAGAUUGAUAGGUGAAAUACGCCCUCCUCCAGAUAUUGGCACUGACGCAAAGGAUGUUGUCUUCCUCAUCGACAGUUCUACUGGAGUCGGGUCGGACAACACUGCUCGUAUUCGAGAUUUCAUUACGCGAUUUGUUGAGCGGUUGGAUGUCGGAGAGCGCCAAGUGAGAGUCGCUUUGGUCCAGUUCAGCAACAACGUGUUCCCUGAAUUUUAUUUAAAAGACUGCAGAGCCAAAAGCGAUUUACUUAAUGCUUUACGUCGCUUGAGGUACAGAGGAGGCGCUCCUCUGAAUGUUGGGAAAGCACUGGAUUACGUCGUGAAGAACAUCUUUGUUAAGCCUGCAGGAAGCCGGCGAGAAGAUGGGGUCCCACAGCACUUAUUUCUCAUUCUUGGAGGAAGAUCCCAGGAUGACAUCAGUAGACCGGCCAGUGCGUUGCAGGCGUCUGGAAUUAAAAGUCUGGGUAUAGGAGCAGGAAAGGCAGAUAGUGCUGAAUUAGAAAGGAUUACCCGUGAGGGCAGCGCUGUAUUUUUCGUCCCACAGUUUACAGAACUCCAAGGAAUAGAGAACAGGAUCUUCGCAUUAUUUCAGCAACUUCCAGAACCGCCAUUGGAACCUGAAAUUCUACCUGUUGUGCUGGAUACAGUCAAACCUCGGUCUUCGUUGCCCUCGGAGAUCGACGGUUUCGGUCUUCGCCGGUCGCCCCCGGCCGUUUGGUCGCCUCGGAGAUCAGCGGUUGCCUCAGCUUCCGAGGCGACUUUUGAAUAUCUCCAACGUCUUAGAGCUGGCUUCGUAAAACCUGAAGAAAAAGGAGUGAAAACGAUGGUUCGGUGGUGGAUCAUGCAGCGAUGUGGGAGUGAAGAAAAAUUGCCAAUGAUGGAGCCGAUGUGA